UAGCUCUUGCGCCUUAAUACGGUCGGACGUGUUACUCGUUACGUAGUGAAUUUUGAACUUUUUUGUGAUCCACUGACUGUGAUUGGCUGUUUGUCCAAUUUUGGAUUCCCUGUUACUCUUGCAGUGUUUAUACCCGAAGUGCACGCCCAGUGGGAGGAGUUAAAGCGGGACAGCACGAGUUUGUGAACUAUUUUUUAAUUAUUGUGUGUUGACUAAACUAGCAAUUUAAUAAUUAAUACAAUUUAUAAGAAUUUUGAAAACAUCACAAAACGAAAUCAUACCUGGUGGGACGCGAACCCGCGGCAUCUGCGCACCGGGCCGGCAGCUUGCACACUACGCCACGCAAACAACUGAGCGCGCGCUCGAAAUUGACAUUAUCUAUCGACUUUAUGCUACAACUGAGUGCUUUUGCUUGUGAAGUUUAUUGCUGUAUUCAUUGCUUACUCUCAUCAAAUAUUUUACUAAAAUGCCACGCAUAAUGUAUUCACCUCCAAAAAGCUCACCUAACGCCCAAGCCCUACAGGAAACUCAGUCUGAGCCGGAUAUUUCGAAGGCUGGUACCACAUCUAUGCCCUUAUACGACACCGGUGACAAGUCUAACAUUACCAUGAGGCCUGGCAAGCGUUUUCGGGGUGACGAUGCUUACUCAGAAGAUGACAAAUUUGAGGAGCUUAAGAAUAUGUUGGCAUGCUGGAAGACCGAACAAGAUAAGCUCCUUAAUAAAUUAGUGUCGGAAGUUGCGGAAUUGAAGCAACAGAAUAUUGCUAUACAAAAAACCAAUUUGGAGAUUGAGAAAUCAAUUACAUUUUUAAAUAACAACUAUGAUGAUAUAAAAGCAAGAUUGGAAAUUGUAGAAAAGAAUCAGCAUGGCUACGAAAGUUGCAUACGCGACAUCACUGCUAGCAGCGGCAGUGAAACAGUAGCUAAGCUUGAGGCCAAAAUUGAGUCGAUGGAGCAACAGGCGCGGCAAUGCAAUAUUGAGAUUUGCAACUUGCCCGAGAAAAGAAACGAAAAUUUAUUAAAUAUUUUCGAGUCCAUCGGUAAAGCGGUAAAUUAUCCAGUAUUGCAGAAUGACAUUGUCUCUAUACACAGAGUACCACAUGCGCAACAACGCGACGGUAAACCAAAGAACAUUGUGGUGAAAUUAAGAUCCAAGAUAAUUAAGGAUAAUUUGAUGAGCGCCUACCGAAAAGUUAAGAGCAUAAAAACUGACCAAGUAGGUAUAUCAGGCGCCGCUGUGCCCCUGUAUUUAAAUGAACACCUGACUCUGAGAAAUAAAACUUUAUUUCGUAAGACUCGAGAGGCUGCUCGCAAGACUGGCUUUAAAUACGUUUGGAUCAAGAACGCUACGAUAUUGGUGCGCGAACGCGACGGAUCUUCGGCAUUCUCUGUUCGCUGUGAAGACGACAUCUGCAAGUUCAUUAAUAAUAAAUCUAACAAUAUCGUUUCUCCGAAAUAAACUGACAUGUUUGCAAAAUUUAUAUACUGUUCGGCGUCCUAUGUCAUUGUAUAACCAUAAUAGAUAUAGCUGCGUUAAUUGU